CAACUCACAGUUUGUUUAUUCAACAUGCCAGACAUACGACCGCUACUGGAGGAAUUGCAAAAAAUUGCAAUUACAGAAUUAGGAGAAGUACCAGAGAGAAUUGCCGAGGAUCUACAUGUUCUCAAGGCAUGGAUACGGCAACAACCACACCUGAAGGCCUGCAUGGAAGAUCAAUUUCUGAUACAAUUUCUUCGUGGCAGUAAAUAUAGUUUGGAAAAGGCCAAAGAAAAGCUGAGCAAUUUCUAUACGCUCUCUGCGAAAUCACCGCAUUUGCGAAGUAUGGCAGAUGUAGACGAUCCAACAUUUCGCAGGGUUCACCGAACUGGCUGUUUAACCCUCCUACCCACACCAUUGAUGGAGCAUGGUCCACGAAUAAUAGUCGAGCAAGUGACUUUUGGGCCUCACGAGUUUACCAGCGAUGAAAUCUCACGCUACGUCUGGACAAUAGCUGAAAUUGUGCUGCAGAGCGAUCCCUAUGCUUGCAUUCAAGGUUUGGUCAUUGUUAUGGAUUUCUCCAAGGUAACGCUUCAACAUUUGCAUCUGCUCUCGCCGAAAAUGCUACUGGAGGUGAUGAUGUAUAGCGAAAAAGCAUUACCGCUACGCAUCAAAAGGGUAUUGGUUUUAAAUUGUCCAUCCUUCGUACAGACCUUGCUCAAUUUCGCGCUGUCAUGCUGUUCGGAAAAGUUUCAGAAACGAAUCCAUGUCUCCGAUGGCAAGAAUAUUGAAAAAUUCGCUGAUGUUUUUCCCAAAAAAUAUCUUCCGCGAGAUUUUGGCGGAGAAAACUCCUCAGUGGCAGAUGUAUGCAGGGAAUUUGAAAAAGUUAUCGAUGCAUUUCGGGAUUAUUUUAAGCGUAAUUCAGAGUGUGGAAUUGAUGAAAUAUUGCGUUUGGAAGAAAAUAAUUUUAACAAAAAUACAGAAUUCGGCGCAGGAGGAUCAUUUCGAAAAAUAAAUGUUGAUUAAUUUUAUGGAAUACGAUUUUAAUUUUUGAUUAAUAAGAGGAUAUUAGUAAAACCAUUGCACAAUGGACUGACAUCCAAUUUUUUCUGUUCAAAACUAUUUCAAAAGUUUUUCAUAAUAAAAAUUGCCCGCCACCAAUCCUACAUCCUAGAAACUAACAGUGAAUUAAAUAUCAAAUUUCGGAAUUUCAGCUCUAUCCCUUUACCCAAUACUAAAUUUAGUACCAUUUAGUACUUUUCGUUCAAGUACUAUACACAAUUCUGAAACUACCUCCACAUGUCCAGGCUACACAUGAGCAGCGAACCUUGUGACUACUUUCAGAUUUC